AUCACACAAAUUAUCUUAGUUAUAAUAAUCUAAAAACAAUAUAAUGAUAUAUGUUUCCUCUAUAAAUAGCUCCUUAUGGCAAUCUUAUUUUCACACCAAACAAAAAACAAGAACAAGUAUAUUUAUUGUUCAAAUUAUUAGCUCUCUCUCAAUGGCAAUGAAAGUUGUUGUAAUGUUGUUCGUUGCAAUUCUUGUGAUGACAGAGCACAAUGCUAUGGCUAGUUCAAUAACAUGUCUGAUUGGAUGUGCACCUAAGGCGAUAUUUCCAGAAACUUAUCUUAAGUGCAUCGUUAGUUGUGGUAGACCAUGUACGAUACAAUGUUUCGUUGACAACAAAAAAGCUGACGACAUAGCUAAUUGCCUCACGGGUUGCUUUUCCCCAUUUGUAAAUGAGGAGAUUGAAACUCCAAACCGUACAACUACUGUUUGUACUGUUGGAUGUUCUCUUGCAAUUUGUGCUCAAUUUCACAACGAUAAAGAGAUGUUUGGAGCUUGCAUGAAAAGCUGUGCUAGCAACCAUUGCGCCAUUGGUGGCAAUAUUGCUCUAGAGAAAGCUUAAAGAAGAAGCAUGAAUUUGCUGAAAUUAUGGCCUCAAAGUAUGUGUCUUUUGACACUGUUAAGUACUAAGGUACUAAAUACUUUUGAGGUUGUGAUUUUCUAAAUCAUGUAUUUGUGUUGUGUAUUGAAUUUGAGAUUUUCUAGGUUAUGUAUUUGUGUUGUGUACUGAAUAAAACUCUAAUGCUUCCUCUUAAUGCAAUGGAGAAGUGUACUUCCUUUGUUAAUGCA